CUCUCUCUCUCUCUCUGUCUCUCUCUAACCACCGACACUCUCUGUUUCUGUGCUCAAUCCAAUCCAAUCUUCUCUCUCUACAUCUAUCUCUAUCUGUAUUUCCUAUAUUUGCAUACUCUCUCUCUCUCUCUCUCUACUAUGGACUCCACCACUUGCCACUGCUCUGUUCUGUCCUACAAUCUCUUCUCUCCGUCGUAGCUGUCAACUCCUUUUUUUAAUCCUCCGUAUUUCGAAUAAUUCAACGUUCCUAUUGAGAAAUGGACGAAAAACAAUCACAUGAAUUAUCAAUUUUUGUUUUUGUUAGUAUAAUAUAAGGCGAGUUGGCUUCUCUUUGUAUGCUCUGUAAUUGCGAGUUUCCUUGUGAUUUUGAUAAGGAUUGAGCAACUUGGUUGUAGAGAUCUAGGGUUUUUGUUGCUGAAUAAUGGGGAGCUCAGAGGAGAGAGUGGUCGCCGUGAUAAUGGUGGGUGGGCCGACCAAAGGUACUCGGUUCAGGCCAUUGUCUUUAAACAUUCCAAAGCCACUUUUUCCAUUGGCUGGCCAGCCAAUGGUUCAUCAUCCAAUAUCUGCUUGUAAAAGGAUCCCAAAUCUAGCACAGAUCUAUCUCAUUGGUUUCUAUGAGGAGCGUGAAUUCACGUUAUAUGUUUCAUCUAUAUCUAAUGAGCUCAGAGUUCCUGUUAGAUACUUGAGAGAGGACAAGCCACACGGCUCAGCUGGUGGACUCUAUAACUUCAGAGAUCUGAUCCUGGAAGACAACCCGUCACAUAUAUUCUUGCUAAAUUGCGAUGUUUGCUGCAAUUUUCCACUGCCUGAGAUGCUUGAGGCUCAUAGAAGAUAUGGUGGGAUAGGAACAAUCCUAGUAAUCAAGGUUUCUGCAGAGUCAGCCAACCAGUUUGGGGAACUGGUGGCUGAUCCUGUUACCAAUGAACUGUUGCAUUACACCGAGAAACCUGAAACUUUUGUAAGUGAUCGAAUAAAUUGCGGUGUUUAUAUAUUUACACCAGAUAUUUUUAAUGCAAUUCAAGGUGUUUCCACACAACGGAAAGAUAGAGCUAAUCUGAGCCGUAUGUCCAGCUUUGAAGCUCUCCAAUUAGCCACAAGGAGCCUUCCUUCAGAUUUUGUGAGAUUGGAUCAAGAUAUCCUAUCCCCUCUUGCAGGGAAGAAGCAAUUAUAUACAUAUGAAACCAUGGAUUUUUGGGAACAAAUUAAAACUCCUGGAAUGUCUUUGAAAUGCUCGGGUCUGUAUCUUGCCCAAUUUCGGUUCGCUUCUCCCCAUGUUUUGGCAAGUGGGGAUGGUACAAAGAAUGCUUCCAUCAUUGGUGAUGUUUACAUUCAUCCAUCAGCAAAAGUACAUCCAACUGCGAAGAUUGGUCCCAAUGUCUCAAUCUCUGCCAAUGCUCGUAUAGGACCUGGUGUAAGGCUCAUCAGCUGUAUUAUUCUUGAUGACGUUGAAAUCAAGGAAAAUGCAGUUGUUAUGCAUGCAAUUGUUGGGUGGAAGUCUUCUAUCGGGAGAUGGUCUAGAGUACAGGCUGGAGGAGAUCACAAUGCGAAACUUGGAAUUACAAUCCUUGGUGAAGCUGUGACCGUUGAAGAUGAAGUUGUGGUGAUCAACAGCAUUGUCCUUCCAAACAAGACUCUUAAUAUUAGUGUUCAAGAGGAAAUUCUACUAUAGUUUAGCAUCUCUCUCUCUCUCUCUCUCUCUAUUUGUGCACAAGUGUAUGUUGUUAUUAUUCUUACCCAAAAUUUGGGCUUUUGAGUAGUAAAACAAUUGUUUGGAUGGAUGGUGUGUUAUCCAUUGGUAUUUUGACAUCCUCCAAAUCAAAAAUAAGAGAAGUUACAAUUGUUUGGAUGGUAUGUUAUCCAUUUGUAUAUUGACAUCCUCCAAACUAAAAAUAAAAGAAAUUGGGUUAUUCUGUUUUGCUUA